AUGGGGGACGUGGGAGAUGUGGAGAAGAGAGGGAACGACGGGGGCGAAGGAUUGGUGGUGUCCAAGGACACCGCUCACAAGAUUAGCCAAGGUGAGAAUUCAACCUUGCUCCUUCGACGUUCUGUCCUGCUAUCUGUGUAAAUACGAACGAGGAAUCAGUGAUGCAUAGCGUCCAGUUCUAUCGUCGUUGACUCGAGUUUUGACUUUAUUCUUCAGAGGUCAGUGAAAUAAUGGCAUGCUUUGUUAUCGAUAUUGCUGUUCUGGUGUUGUUUCCGUCUCACUCCUCUCUGACGCCUGUGAUAAUCAAUCCACUGUCGCAUAUUUCCCUCACGAAUGUCUUAAUUCUACGUCAGUAGUAACCACAAAAGUAUUUUAAUCACUUCACGGGUUUUUUAACAUUUUUUUUAUGUUCAUACGUUUUUACUGCAUGAUUGUUCUACAUAUGACGCAGACACAAAAAUAAAUAAAUCGGUUUAUAUAACUAGAUCAGACAUUUAGCCAGGGAUAAUCACUACAUUCAACAUUUGCACCAAUCUCAUCUGAUCAUUUCUUUCACUUGGUUUUGUUUUCGGAUAUCUUCCAUGUCCCUUGACAUCUACUCCAAUCUAUCUAACUUUACAACUGUUCUAUGAAUUUUGUAGAUCCCUGGUAUCAAGCAGGGUUUGUACUCAUCACUGGUACGAAUAGCGCCUAUGUGUUGGGGUAUUCUGGGUCAAUCAUGGUUCCUUUAGGUUGGGCUGGCGGCACGGUGGGUCUAAUUUUAACAGGAGCUAUUUCACUGUAUGCAAACACUCUGAUUGCUCGCCUUCACGAGGUCGGGGGAAAGAGGCAUAUCAGGUACAGAGACUUGGCUGGCCACAUCUAUGGUAAGUACUCUUUCCAAUCUCCAGACGUAUUUCACACCAUCACAUGUGAAAAUAAUUUAUUUAACUUUAUUUUUAUUAUGACAUUAUUCAAAAAAGAUUCUGAGCAUCCAUCUUUGCCCCAAUUUUAUUUUUUUUCUCCCGAGCCAGCAUUUAAUUUACAUACGAAUUUUACUUCUUAUUGAGUACAGGCAAGAGAAUGUAUUUCAUUACGUGGGCGCUGCAAUUCCUAAAUCUUUUUAUGUUCAACACUGGAUACCUGAUCUUGGCUGGACAAGCUUUAAAGGUUUGAUGUGAUGUUUUUCACACGUAUAUGAUCCAGUUUACUUUUAAUCCAUUGAUCUUCAUUUUUAUGCAGUAAACACGAAAAUCCUUCUUUUUAAUAUAGUUUUUUUGUCGAUCAAAGUGCCCUUGUAUUUCAUUUAUUUGCAUAGUGUUUGUCCACAUCCAUUUUGUCUGACUUUCCCUGAUUGGCCGAUCCAUGUGUUUUGAUGAAAGACUACUUGUUACACGGCUAUACACGUUAUCCCUUUGAGUGAGUAAAUACACCACAUUUUUCCACCACUGACGUUUCAGUGGAUCGGCCAAUCCUAGGGUUUCUUCUUAUUAAUAUUUUAGAAGGUCACUAUCCUAGGGUCUGUUUAUAUAGCCUCUUGACCAAAAAAUAUUCACUCAAACGUCCUUCCAUAUUUUAUUAGUUGCCGACCCUCUAUGUUAGCUCUCUUCGUGCAUUUUUCUCAUUUUAUUAUAGAACAUUGCAUUUCUGGUCGCUGCAUAUAAGCUCUCUCCGUCUCUUCCUCUUAACCUGAAAACAAUGAUUCCCCCUAUCUUAGGGAACGGAAAAUCCUUCAGCCAUCACUUUUACGUUUGACCUGGGCUAAUCAAUGCCCUCUAUGGAGAAUCAAAUGCUUUUCUUCAGAGGAUAUUUUUCCGCAAUCAGCUUUAUUACCUUGUUUAUUAUCUCUAUCUUAAAACUUCUGGAAAUUUUCUUCGCGGCGCAGGCAGUAUAUGUUCUCUACCGCGACGAUGGAGCCUUGAAGCUUCCGUACUGCAUUGCGAUUGCUGGUGUCGUCAGCGCUCUAUUCGCUUUCGGGAUUCCUCAUUUGUCAGCUCUUAGAAUCUGGCUGGGCUUUUCCACGUUCUUCACUCUCAUCUACGUAAUCGCGGCACUCGUGCUAUCAAUUAAAGACGGUAACCACCAUGCCCGCUCCCAUGUUUUUUGUUGGUCUGGUUAUGAUCACUCCUCAAUUCCACCCCCCCACCCCGUGAAAAGCCCUAGCUUCUGUUUCUGCUGCAGGAACCAACGCCUCGGCCCGGGACUACAGCAUCCCGGGAUCAAAGAUGAACAGGAUCUUCGGCAUCAUCGGUUCCAUGGGCACCCUCGUCUCCCUCGGCAACACAGGCAUUCUGCCGGAGAUACAGGUUCCGAACGAAGCUCCCCCAUCUAUGAUCUACAUAUAGUGCACUCACCGCGUUUUCACCAAUCAUCUGGUUCUUUCACACGCAGGCCACCCUGAGGCCUCCUGCUAUCAGGAACAUGGAGAAGGCGUUGCGGCUUCAGUUCACUGCCGGCAUGUUGCCUCUGUACGCCGUCGCCUUCACGGGCUACUGGGCAUACGGGUCUUCGACAACGAUCUAUCUCCUCAACAGCGUCAACGGCCCGGUCUGGGUCCUGACGCUGGCUAACAUCGCCGCAUUUCUUCAGACAAUCGUCUCCCUCCACGUACCUCUCCUCUCCUCUUCAAUAUCGGCCUCGGUUUUUCGAAAUUUAAUCUGUAGCUCAGCAUCUUGCUCUGAACUGUACGCAGAUCUUCGCCAGCCCAAUGUACGAGUACAUCGACACGAGGUACGGGAUGGACAAAGGCAACGCCUUUUCUUUCCACAGUCUCUUGUUCAGAGUGGGCGUGAGAGGAGGCUACCUGGCCAUAAACACGCUGGUGGCCGCCCUGCUGCCGUUCCUGGGGGAUUUCAUGAGCCUCAUCGGCGCCUUCUGCAGCUUCCCCGUCACCUUCGUCCUGGCCAACCACAUGUAUCUGACGGCGAAGAAAAGCAAGAUCUCAGUGCCGCAACGUGCAUGGCACUGGUUGAACGUCGUCGGCUUCAGCUGCCUUGCUGUCGCUUCCGCAGUGGCGGCCCUCAGAUUCAUCGUCCUCCACUCCAAAACUUACAACGUAUUUGCAGAUCUGUGA